GACCGCUUCCAUCAUCCAUCUGGAGAGACAGAGAGAGAGAGGGAGAGAGAGAGAGAAGCGCGGCGGUGAUAAGUCUCCCAGUGUGAGAGAAAUCGGGGAGGGGCGAAGAAGGGUAGGCCUCUUCUGUUCCAUUGAUACCACGUUCAUUCACAGGGAGCCGGCUAAAACAGACUACUCCCCCGUGCAGUCGUUCCCUCUACCCUAAUAAGGCUUUGGCGCCUCUCCCAGAACUCGGUCCUGGGGAAUGCUCUUUGCCUGGUCCAGCCCCGACAAACGUGGUCUGAGAACAGCGGAGCGCGGAAACCGCGGAGCAUGAGUCCUCCGAGGCUGCGAGCGUCGCUGUCGCCGUCGCUGCUGCUGCUGCUGAGUGGUUGCCUCCUCGCGGCUGCUCGGAGGGAGAAAGGGGCGGCUAGCAACGUGGCGGAGCCGGUCCCCGGGCCCACUGGCGGCUCCUCGGGUCGCUUCCUCAGCCCCGAGCAGCACACGUGCAGCUGGCAGCUCCUGCUGCCCGCCCCGGAGGCCGCAGCGGGCAGCGAGCUAGCGCUGCGCUGCCAGAGCCCGGACGGGGCGCGCCACCAGUGCGCCUACCGCGGGCAUCCGGAGCGCUGCGCAGCCUACGCCGCUCGCCGCGCGCACUUCUGGAAGCAGGUGCUGGGAGGGCUGCGCAAGAAGCGGAGGCCCUGUCACGACCCCGCGCCGCUCCAGGCCCGCUUGUGCGCGGGCAAGAAGGGCCACGGCGCCGAGCUGCGGCUAGUGCCCCGCGCGUCCCCGCCCGCACGCCCCACCGUCGCGGGAUUCGCGGGGGAGUCCAAGCCCCGGGCCCGGAACCGGGGGCGGACCCGGGAGCGUGCGCCCGGCCCAGCCGCUGGGACCCCGCCUCCCCAAAGCGCACCGCCCAAAGAAAACCCCUCAGAGAGGAAGACCAUCGAGGGCAAGAGGAAGGCGGCCUUGGUCCCCAACGAGGAGCGACCCAUGGGGACCGGGCCCGACCCCGACGGGCUGGACGGGAACGCGGAGCUCACGGAGACCUACUGCGCUGAGAAGUGGCACUCCCUCUGCAACUUCUUUGUCAAUUUCUGGAACGGCUGAGACUGCCUGCCGGCUUAGGGAGGGUUGAUGGGGGAGGCGUGGGGAAGGGAAAGCUAAGGGCGUCUUAGACCGGGGGGUACUGUGAUAGAGAUUGGGGAGAAGUCCAGGUUCUCGAAUGGGGGUGGGGGCAAGGGUAAGGGUGAGAUGCUUGGGAUGAGAGUGUAAGGGGUAUGGAGAAUCUCUGGGAUAGCAGAGAAGUUAAAAAUUUUGAAAAGUCUCAGUCCUGAUUAAGAGCAGGAAAAAUAAUGGAAACAGAAAUAGGCGUACCUUAAAUGUGCAAAAACUGGAGACUGGGGAGAGAAAUCGAUGCAGAGAGAGGCUGAGAAUAAGGGGGAGAUAGAGUGUCUAAAGUGAUGUGAGUCCCAUGUGGGGAGGGGGAUGCAAUGUUUAUUGUUUAACAUUUCUAUUAAAUGCAGCCAUGAGCAAUUGCCAACCUGA